GUUAAUUUUGUGUAUGAAGAAGAGUGGCCCGGGGGAGUCUAGCUGGUAGUGGUCUAGACAUGUCAGAGAACUGGCACUACUGCUAACUUGGCCGCUGUAGUUAGUGAGUUAUCCAAAAGUGUCUCGAAGCUUAAAGGGGUGAUUUUAGACAACGAAGCCUCGCCAGCUGGCCUGUGUAGAGGUUUGGAAAACUGUUGAAACGUUACGGAUCCCGGACCUUUCAUAUCUGACAACAACUGGUUAGCUAGUAUUAGCUGGCUAGCAGGGGAGCUCCCGAAAAGUAACGCCAGGGCUUGUUUCAUACAGUCAUGUCUUCGGCCGGAGACUUCGGAAACCCUUUAAGAAAAUUUAAAUUGGUCUUUCUCGGGGAACAGAGUGUGGGAAAGACUUCGCUGAUCACCAGGUUCAUGUAUGACAGCUUCGACAACACUUACCAGGCCACAAUAGGAAUAGAUUUCCUGUCGAAAACAAUGUACCUUGAAGACAGAACAAUCAGGUUGCAGUUGUGGGACACGGCAGGCCAAGAGCGAUUUCGCAGCCUCAUCCCGAGUUACAUCAGAGACUCUGCUGCUGCUGUCGUAGUAUACGAUAUCACAAAUGUCAAUUCCUUCCAGCAAACCACAAAAUGGAUUGAUGAUGUGAGAACGGAGAGAGGAAGUGAUGUCAUCAUCAUGUUGGUGGGAAACAAGACAGACCUUGCAGAUAAAAGGCAAGUAUCUAUUGAAGAGGGUGAGCGGAAAGCCAAAGAACUAAAUGUAAUGUUUAUUGAGACUAGUGCGAAAGCAGGCUACAACGUAAAGCAGCUUUUCCGUCGUGUGGCAGCCGCCCUCCCUGGCAUGGACACCACACAGGACAAGAGUAGAGAGGACAUGAUUGACAUUAAGCUGGAGAAGCCGCCAGAGCAACCUGUCAGUGAAGGAGGCUGUUCCUGCUAAUGCUGGCCUAAUUCAUGGCUAAAUAUUACUUUAACUGGCUUUUUCUCAAACCCGGUCGGUUUUUCUGUAUCUGUACCCCUCACUACACCCACCUCUGUGCCCAAUCCUGAAAGAGAACACUACAUCCAUUAUCCUCGCCAUUGUGGAAACCUUGCGCUCUCAUCGGGAUGCUCUGAAAGUCAUAAAUCACUUAAAUUGAAUAUGUGCGCUGUAAUACAUAUAUUGGAACAGUUUACACAGCUGGAGCUCAGGCUUCUUCACUGAGCUCCUGUUGUCUUGUCAUUUCAAACGAAGAUGGUAGCACAUUGCUUUAGUUUGUGUCUAAAGAUGACUGAACCAAACUGAAAGAAUAUAUGUGUUAAAGGUAUUAAAUCAAAGUAUGUGUUUAAGAGUGAGAAUAUUCUUUAAAAAGUUAAAUAUUGCUUUAAGCUUGAUAGGCACAAUGUGGAUGCUGUGUGCAUUUGUUAACAUAAUUUGUUCUGUUGCAAUUGAUUGGCAAAGUUUCAUUCAUGAAUUGUGUUAUCAACAAACUAUUCUUACUUUUACCCAUCUUGAAUGAUAUGUGGAAAAGGUUGUGUUAAAGUAAAUCAAUAACAUAUUUGGGGGAUCUCAGUGUUGACAAGUGUACUGUACACACACAUACAAAUUGGAGGUGGCAUGUUAAACUGAGUUUGUUAUUUGAGGUCACAGUUCUCCCAACAUGUACCAGCACAAUAUGACAAGUCGACGCAUUGAAACCGCACAGUCACAAACCAGCACAAACACAACUCCUAAUACAAGAUUAACACUACCACCACACCAUCCUCAUUACCGUCCUUUCUCUUUUCCCAUACUAGUCCCUUGAGAGGGGUUAUUUUUACCCUGGCUUCCAUUUUCUAUUUUCUUUUUAUUUGGAUAGAUCUUUCUUUUUUUCUAAAGACCACAGCUAUCAUAGAUGAAACUAUUUCUUUGAUAAUAGUGUUUGAGGAGGAUUUUCUCAUAUAUUAAGAGUCAUAAUCAUGAAACCCACCAUAAACAUUAGAUAUGGAGAUAUAUACUUUUGGAGUUUAAUUGUAGAGGGCUUCCUCUGCUUUGGGUUUAUCUAAUUAAGUUUGGUAUGAUGUUUUACGAACAAUUUUAUUUUUUGGCAUUGAUCUUUUGUUAGUUAUUCUACAUAUGUAUUUAAUCCACAAGGACUUGUAAUAUUUAUUUCUGUUGGAUUCAUGUUUCUUUUUUAUGGCUGUUAAUAUCUUCACUUUUGGUAUGAGUCCUGAAUCACUAAUAAAAUAUGCAUCCAUCUGGACCAUCUCUAACAGAAUCAGUAGAGAGUGUCUGCUGUUCCCUCCACCACUUCUAAAUGAAAAUUUGAUCAUACUGAUAAAACUGUGCAAUUUUUUUGUGAACUUAUGGAGGAGAGUCUGACUUGUAUAGCAAAGUAGUCCUUAACGUUUCUGUCUGGAAUGGUUUUAAAUGAAAGAAUAAAAAUACACUUGUCACCGCU